CAGUUCUGCCCUGACAUCGCUGCAGAACAUUGGAUCGGGCUCUGUACAGUAGCACAGAUUGGUUGUUCGACACAAUGCCGGCCGAAUAUCUCAACAGUCGAGCGAGCAUCGACGCCUUUAUCGACCGCUUCGAUGUAUUUCUCUUUGAUUGUGAUGGUGUCUUGUGGUCCGGUGAACAUGUAUUUCCUCGCGUUGCAGAGGCUAUUGAUCUCUUGAGAUCACGAGGCAAGCAGCUCGUCUUCGUCACCAACAACAGCACCAAGUCUCGAAGCGACUACAAGAAGAAGUUUGAUAAAGUUGGCAUCCGAGCCGAAGAGGAAGAGGUGUUCGGCUCGAGCUACAGCGCAGCAGUCUACAUCGCACGCAUCAUGAAGCUUUCCGCGCCAAAGAACAAAGUCUUCGUGUUGGGCGAGACGGGUAUCGAGCAGGAGCUCGCCUCCGAAGGCGUUCCAUACAUCGGUGGCACAGACGUGGCAUUCCGCCGGGAUAUCACUGAUGCGGACUACCGUGGCAUCGCAGACGGCUCACUUCUGGAUCCUGAUGUAGCCGUCGUGCUCGCGGGUUUGGACUUCCAUCCAAGCUACCUCAAGUGGGCGCUCGGCCAGGCAUACGUCCGAGCGGGCGCGGAUUUCCUAGCGACCAACAUCGACACGACGUUACCGAGCGCCGGUACCUUGUUCCCGGGCGCGGGCGCGACGUUUGCGCCCCUGGUCGCAGCUGUCGGCCACGAACCGCUCUCGCUCGGCAAGCCCAGCCAGGCCAUGAUGGAUGCUAUCGAAGGUCGUUUUCAAUUUGACCGGAAGCGGGCGUGCAUGGUCGGCGACCGGCUCAACACGGACAUUCAAUUUGGCAUCAAGGGCGGCCUCGGAGGAACAUUGGCAGUGUUGACUGGAGUCAGCAAGAAGGAAGAUUUCCUGGCGGCAGAUGCGUCUGUGGUUCCGAGCGCGUAUAUUGACCAGCUCGGUGAUCUGGUGGGCCGUGAAGAUGCGUGAUACGCGUGAGGCUCGGAGGCGGCGAGCACGGAAGAUUUGCUGUUAUCUGCUUAAGCGAUCGGCCUUGCCAUCCACGCGACAGCUGGAAAUUGCGAUGAUAGAAUUUGAUCACGUCUUUUGUUGACAAGUCACAGUAAUCCUGGCAGUUCGGAGUUCUGGCCAGCCAUUGCAAAUGCUCGCUGAAGACGGGCCGAUUAUUGACGCAGCGCGCCCGCUUACAAUAGGUGAUGAUAGAUCCCACAGUCGAAGUCCGUUCGAUCGCCGGCUGUCCAAUGUUCUGCUGAUGCAAAUGGCAUUGAUGACCGUCCACUUGUACUUUGCUUGCGCUCCUUUAUGAUUGAUAACCAAGAUCUUGCAC